AUGGUCGACAUGGGGGGCCUGGACAACCUGAUCGCCAACACAGCCUACCUGCAGGCCAGGAAGACGUCAGAGAGUGACGCCAAGGAGCUGCAGCGGCGGCGCCGGAGCCUGGUGCUGCCCGGGCCGCAGAGCUGCGCCGAGCUACGCCGGGAGCUGUCCCCGCAGUUCCACAACCUGUGUGAGCAGCAGCCCAUCGGCCGCCGGCUCUUCCGUGACUUCCUAGCCACGGUGCCCACGUAUGGCGAGGCCGGGGCCUUCCUCGAGGACGUGCAGAACUGGGAACUGGCCGAGGAUGGCCCCACCAAGAGCAGCACGCUGCAGGAGCUGGUGGCCACCUGCACGCGAGUCCCUGAACCCGGAAAACCACACCCCUUCCUCAGCCCGGCUCUGACCACCAAGUGCCAAGAAGCCACCACCGAGGAAGAGCGAGCGGCCGCGGUGGCACUGGCCAAGCAGGAGACGGUGGCCUUCCUCCAGGAGAAGCCCUUCCAGGACUUCCUGGCCAGCCCCUUCUACGACAAGUUCCUGCAGUGGAAAGCCUUCGAGAUGCAACCCGUGUCCGAAAAGUACUUCAACGAGUUCCGAGUGCUGGGGAAGGGCGGUUUUGGGGAGGUGUGUGCAGUGCAGGUGAGAAACACAGGGAAGAUGUAUGCCUGUAAGAAACUGGACAAGAAGCGGCUGAAGAAGAAGAACGGCGAGAAGAUGGCUCUCUUAGAGAAGGAGAUCUUGGAGAGGGUGAACUGCCCUUUCAUCGUCUCUCUGGCCUACGCCUUCGAAAGCAAGACCCACCUCUGCCUGGUCAUGAGCCUGAUGAACGGGGGAGACCUCAAGUACCACAUCUACAACGUGGGCACGCGGGGCCUGGACAUGAGCCGCGUGAUCUUCUACUCGGCCCAGAUCACCUGUGGGAUGCUGCACCUCCACUCCCUGGGGAUCGUCUACCGGGACAUGAAGCCUGAGAACGUGCUUCUGGAUGACCUCGGCAACUGCAGGCUCUCCGACCUAGGCCUGGCCGUGCAGGUGCAGGACGACAAGCCCAUCAGCCAGAGGGCUGGGACCAAUGGUUACAUGGCUCCCGAGAUCCUAAUGGAGAAGGUGAGUUAUUCCUAUCCUGUGGACUGGUUUGCGAUGGGAUGCAGUAUUUACGAAAUGGUUGCUGGACGGACACCAUUCAAAGAAUACAAGGAGAAGGUCAGUAAAGAGGACCUAAAGCAGAGAACCCUGAAAGACGAGGUCCAGUUCCAACAUGAGAACUUCACAGAGGACGCCAAGGACAUUUGCAGACUCUUCUUGGCUAAGAAACCAGAGGAACGCUUAGGAAGCAGAGAAAAUGCCGACGAUCCCAGGAAACCCUCUUUCUUUAAGACCAUCAAUUUUCCUCGCCUGGAAGCCGGCCUCGUUGAUCCUCCAUUUGUGCCAGACCCAUCCGUGGUUUAUGCCAAAGACAUCGAUGAAAUUGAUGAUUUCUCCGAGGUUCGAGGGGUGGAAUUCGAUGACAAAGAUAAGAAGUUCUUCCAAAAAUUCGCAACAGGUGCCGUCCCAGUAGCAUGGCAGGAAGAAAUUAUAGAAACGGGACUGUUUGAAGAACUGAACGACCCCAACAGGAUCGUAGAGUCUGGGGAGGGGAAUUCAUCCAAGUCCGGUGUGUGUUUGUUGCUGUGAGUUGUUCUCCCUGCCAGACGGGCAGCGGGAGUCUCAGCUGACACAAUCCACGCAUGUUGUCACACACAGACAUCCCCUGAAUGAGGGCUGGCCAGUUAGGAGGGGCGUUUCAGCCACAGGGCGGUUCAAAGGGCAGGCACGCUCACUCCGUGACGCGUCUGCUUUCUCUCCUUUCUUCCUCUUCCAUAAAGAUGAGUACAAUCUCAGUUUUCGCCGAGGGGUGGGAAAAGGAACGCUGCAGUUUAUUUGGAUAAACUUGAAAAGCCUGAGCCUCUGCCAUCACGGCCUGUGAAUGACGCAAAGUCCUGGGAGCAGAGAAUGGAACGUUGUGGUGUACCCAGCAAAUGAGCAUUUGCAAUUCUCAGUAAAUAAUCAUUUUAGUGUUUCUUUGUUUAUAUCCUGUCUUCCUUUCAUCUGUCAGGAUUUCUUCUGUUUCUGUACUUAUCAAAAAGGAUUCUGAGGCUGGAAAUAAAUGUUCCUCAUGUUCUUCCCCCCUGCAAAGGAGUGGACUGCAAUGUUUUGACCGUAUUUCAGAUUACAGAAUAAUCUUCAAUUUCGCAGUCUCUUUUUCAUUUUUCUUUUUUGUAAAUAAUUUAUUAUCAGAAUGUGGAAGACUUUCAAAUGUAAAUAUCCGUGAGUUCUGUGAAUUAAAGUAUUCUGAAAAUUUAGCUGAGUCCUUUAAGUAAUAAGCUACAAGUUGCUUACAUGUGCAAUUCCAUACGCCAUGGUUUCCAAAUUUGAAAUCACUUAGGGGUCUCUUUAAAAUACUAAUGUUGGGCCAGCCGGUAACACAGUGGUGAAGGCAGCUGGAUCCCACGUGACUGGUUGUAUGGUUUGAUGCUUAGACCUGGCCCCUUGAGAAACACACUGGGCACAUGUGCACGUGUGCCCAAA